AGGCUGACCAAGCAGGAAUUCUGGCAGCUGGUGCACCAGAGCUAUGGCUCUGAGCUGGGCCUGAACAGUGAGGAGAUGGAGAGCUUCCACUCAUCAUCUGAGGACAACGGGCAGCCUCGAUCCAGCAUUUGUGAUGACUCUGGAGAAAGGGAUGAAAACCUACCUAAAAUGAUUGGUUUAGUUCGGGAACCCACGCUUCAAAUGGAAGGAGAGGCACUCAAUAGCCACGCGUUGUCAGGAGUGGUGGAGUCCCCAAGUGAGAAGCAAAUAAAGAGGAGCCCUCUUCCAUCUUCAGAAAGAAAACCUGUUAAGCUAGUCAGGAGCAGGUCUUUAGAAAAGUCCUUGGACCUGAAUGAGAAUGAAAAUCUUCCAGAGAAGAGCAGUGCCUCAGAUAGUGAAGAAGCAGUGAAGGAGACUGUCUCUGAGAAUGAGCUUUAUGGGAGACUUUUUAUAAACAGAGUUUUCCACAUCACUGCAGACAAGAUGUUUGAAAUCCUUUUCACCAAUUCUCACUUCAUGCAGAGGUUUCUCAGUUCCAGGAGUAUAGUAGAUGCUGUAUCAACCCCUUGGAACAGAGAUUCCAGUGGCAAUCAGUUGAGGACUUUGACGUACACUGUAACGAUUAACAACCCACUUUGCGGGAAGUUCACAACUGCAACUGAAAAGCAGAUCCUGCAUAAGCAGAGCCAGAAAGGUCAGUCUUAUCAGGUGGAUGCUGAGGUACUAACCCAUGAUGUCCCCUACCAUGAUUAUUUCUACACUGUGAACAGAUACUGCAUCAGCCGCACAUCCAGUCACAAGUGUCGAUUACGGGUUUCUGCAGAAGUAAAGUAUAAAAAACAGCCCUGGGGCCUUGUGAAAUCUGUAAUCGAGAAGAAUACCUGGGGAGGAAUACAGGAAAACUUCAAACAACUUGAAUCGGAUCUCCUAAUGGAGGAAUAUGCAAUUAAUCAGUCCAUAGAAGACUCUGGAAAAUUAGUUGCCCUGAGACGGAGACGACGCACUUUACACCGGAGUCUGGCAGAAUCACUUCCCAAACGCUCUUCCCAACACUCCUCCAGUGACAUGGGAGUAGAGUCCCAGGGCAGCAUAAUAGGAAGGAAAAGAGAUGCUGUAAGUAGGACCACCACCAUCAUUGUAGUAAUGAGUGUCUUUUUGCUGCUCUUGGUCUUGCUGAAUGUAACACUGUUUUUCAAACUGUCAAAGAUAGAGCAUGCAGCUCAGUCUCUCUAUCAUGUCCAGCUUCAGGAAGAAAGCUCUCUGAACAUAUCCCCAGAAAUAGUAUCAAAAGAGGAGAUCCCUCAAUAUGAUAAGGAACAGGUUAAACAUGUGAAGGGAGUUUUAAGAGACUCAAUUGAAAUGCUUGAGCAGCUGAAGAUCUCCCUUUCCAUGCUCCAAAGAAGCUUUGACCACUUGAACAGGACACAGAGCGGCAAGACUGAGAGUUAAUACCCACAUCAGCUUUCUGUUCAAGACGUCGGAAGAAAAGAUGUGUGUGUGAGGACUGGCGGGGUAGGGAUUGCAACCGUCACCUUCGGACUCUUUACUAUUUAGCUUAAAAGCUGCACGGAAUAAAAGUUGG